AGCAGAGCCGCAAAAGUCCCCUGUAAAUACAAGGCUUCACCGCUUUCAGUGGACACCCCGCAUCAACGGCGGAAUUCCGCUUAGAGCUUCCAUUGGGAAAAAGAAAAAAAGCAGCCGCGCCAAAAACUCGAUACUUCCGCAUUAUCUUAAUAUUCAACACGACACAGCAUUCUUCCCAUCUCCCAACCCGACACGCCGCCACAUUCAUUCCACAAAUCCAUCUAGAAGUCAAUUGUCCACCCUAAAGCAAACCAAAACAAAACCUCCCUCAAAAUGUCGAACCUCGCAGCAGGCGACGCGCAGCUCUUCGAAGACACCUUCACGGUAACGACCUACGACCAAUCCAAAUAUGACCGCGUGGCGCGUAUCGGCGGCACGUCCACCGACAACCUGACGACGAUGCAGCUCGACAUCAACAUCGAGUUGUUUCCCCUUCGCGUCGGCAGCAACAUCGAGGUUGUAUUGGCUACUAGCCUGUCGCUCGAUGGUACUAAAGACGAGGAGGAAGAGAAAGGAUGGCGUCACGUUCGCAACGAGUCUUCCCUUGCGGACAUGUACGACUACGUGUGCCAUGGCAAGAUCUACAAGUUUGAGGAUGGUGUUGAUGGUCAGACUAUUCGCGCGUACAUCUCGUUUGGCGGGUUAUUAAUGAUGCUAGAGGGACCCUAUAAGAAGUUAACGCCGUUGCGUGUCGACAACACCUACCUUCUAGUUAAGAAAUGAUCUACUAUUACACAGCACUCUUUACUCGCCCAUUGGCGAGACCACGGCUGAUUCACGAGUUAAUGGGAGUUAUAAUCCAAAGGCCAAAGUGUAGAGAGGAUGGUUAUUGCAUAUUGCAGCUACGCUU